AUGAGUUUCUUUGGAUUUGGAGGACCAACAGUUAAUGUUAAUAUUCAAUUAGAUGAAAAUCAUAGAAAAAAAACAAUAUUUCAAACAGAAAAUAAAGAGAAAAUAUUUAUUCCAAUUUAUACUGAAAAAGAUACUGUUUUUGGAACAAUAGAAAUACAAUGUGAAAAUAAAAAAUGUGAACAUAAUGGAAUUAAAAUGGAAUUACUUGGAAUAAUUGAAAAUGAUUCAUCAAAAAUACAAAAAGAAUUUUUAAGAAAUUGUAUUGAUAUUUGUGGAACAAAUACAUUAUCAGAAGGAAUAACAACAUAUCCAUUUACAUUUGGAAAAAUAGAAAAGAAAUAUAAUAGUUAUUAUGGAAGUAUUGGAAGAAUAAGAUAUAUAAUUAAAUGUACAAUUCAAAGAUUUUCAAAAAUAAUUAAAGAAAUAGAAAUUGGAGUUAUUAAUAAAUCACCUCAUAGAAUUAAAAAAUCAUUUGAAACAACAUUAACAAGACCAAUUUUAAUGCAUUUUGCAGUUGAAUCAAUUACAUAUGAAGUAAAUGAUAUUAUUCAUGGAUUAUUAAAAGUUGUUACUUCUAAAAAUUAUUCUUCAGAUAUUUUUACUUCAAUUAAUUUAGAAUUAAUUAAAAAAGAAAUAUUUUCAACUGAAAAAAUAACUAAAGAAUUAUCUAAAAAAAUUAUUGAAAUUGAAGUUUUAAAAGGUGUUCCAGAAAGUGAUGAAAUAAUUCCUUUUAAUUUAAUUUUACCAACUGAAAAAUUAAGUCCUUCAUUUAAAACAAUUGAAGGAUUUUCUCUUCAAUAUUUUUUAAUUAUUAAUAUACAUUUAAAAGAUACUUCUAAUUCUAAAACUGAAAAUUCUAAUCCUAAAACUGAAAUUCCAAUUAAUAUUUUAAAAGAAGAACAAACAAAAAUACUUUUUGAUGAAAAAAUGAAUGGAAUGUUAGAAUGGUUAGAUGAAAUGGAUAAAUUUGAAGAAAUUAUACCUCAAGAUUUUGGUGAAACACCAUUAAUUAAACAAUCAAUUGAUGAAUUUAAUAAUGUUGAAGAAAUUGAUUCUCUUCAUGAUUUAAAAGAAGCAGAAGAAAAAUUAAAAAGUGAUGCUUGUUUAAUAAAAAAAGUAGAAUUUGAUUGGUAA